AUGGCUGCCUCGCCAAGCUCAGUGGACGCCGCGUCAGAUGUAGAGCACCCGAGCUCUCCUGCUCCAGAAAGCAAAUCGUUCGCUUCGCGCCCCGAAGUCGACGAUGAAGACACCAUCAUUGCCACCCCUUCCGAGGCCGCUGAGAAGCCCGCUAGGAGCAAGGGUAAAGGAAAGGACAAGGACAAGGACAAGGACGCGCAGCCGCAGAUUGGCAAGAUUAGGCAUCUGAAGAAGGAGGAUGGAGAGCCUCUUUGGCGCAAGGAUAUCCAGUAUGACUUCUUAAGGGCCGUCUUCGACAACGAACAAAAGGUCUUCACCAACUCGUACGACUCCGAACUGGAAAAACAGUGCUUUGCCGACUUGUACAUCGACACAAUGGCUCGCAGUUCCAAGACGAGCAAAGUGCUGAGGGACAAGUUGAUGAAUGACCGAGAAGCCGCCAAGGGCAUGGCAAUGGUCUGUUUGCUGGUCAACAUGGGCCGCAUGAACACGACUCUCAACUUCUUUCCUGAAAUGCGAGCGCAGCUGCGGACAUACCACGCCAUUCCUUCUCUCCAGGCACAGCAAGAUCCUCACGCCUACAAACAGCUGCAGGACGCCCCGCGUCUCAAGUCCAUCCUCAAGGGUGGCGCGGAAGACCGGGACGAGCCGAAUUCCCUUGACAAGAUCAAGCAGCAAGCGAUCCCUCGCACAAACCCAGUCAAUCUCAUCUUUGUAAUGUGUAACUCGGCGCAAAAAGUCGCAGAGCUGCACUUUCCACUCCAUCGCGAGUUUCACGAUGUCAUCAUGAAAACUCAAUACACUAGCAUGUCGAGAGCAAAGGCCUUUCUGUGGCUAAUGUGGUUCUAUCUCGAGUCUGAUUUUACGGAGGAGGGAUGCGAGGAGAAUCCUUUCGGCCCCGGUGUAGACUACGGCCUCGACGUCGCCAACCAAGGUGUCCCUAAGCUCGAAGAGAUGACCGAGGAGCAGGAAGCCGCGGAGAAUGUUGAUCCAGCUGUCGAGAUUGAAUUUGGCCAUGAGAAACAGAAAAUCCGUGCCACAAUCUUGGAGAUGGAUCAUCAGUUCCUGACGGAGCGAGAGAAGCGCGGCAAAGCUCGGCCAUCAAUGGCAGACGACGGCCCUGCGAUUCUGCCGCGAAUCAGGCCCUCCAAACACGAAUCUGACAUUGAGAGCACGCGAUCAACACCACCCCCGAGAGUACUAGCCCGGAAUAUCGCCGUUAUGAAUGGACGUAGAACGGUUCCUCUCAAGUAUCAGAUUUUCGAGGGUUCCUCGCCUGCUCGGCACGGAAACGAGAGUGGUGUUGUCGCCAGAAAGCCUCGUCCACCAACAGCCCAUCAACUUGCUGUUGAGCGAAAUCGAAGCCAAAGGGUCGAGUACAUACUAGACCGUGGCCUCCGAAAACACCAUCAUAAAAGCAGAAAGGUCAGGCGCCAAGAGGGUGCCAUUGUGAGAACGUACCGCCGCUUGAAGGCUCAAGCUGAUCCUUUCGAGGACAGUGAUGGCGAGGGCCAUACUCCACGCAACUUGGCUGUCAAUGGUGAUAAGGGCAACAAUGUCUUCCGAGAAAGGGGAAUCGGCGGUCUCUGCCUCUUGGCCACCGAUAAGGAUGACUAUGGCGAGGAGGUGAGCUCAUAUGCCGCCGCCAUUCGACGAUCAACGCGCCGUCUCGCUCGUUGGCGAGGACACGAAGAUGAGCUUGGCGUUAUUGCCGCAGUCAAGAAGCCCAAGCCAGCUACAGCCAACGAGAAUGCCCACGGUGAGAUUGUGGUUGAUGCCCCAGACCUCGCCGCCGAAGGUUCUGAUGUCAGGGUCAACGGCAAUGCAUCCAGGGCCAAUGACAAGGACGCAAAUGGCGACGCUGCCACACUAGAUGAUGUGGACAUGGAGGAUGUCGACAACGCGGCGCUUGCGGAUGAAGACAUUGAUGACCCGGAUAAGACAGAGGUCAUGGUGGACUCGGAGGGGGAGUAG